AUUUUCUCCGAGUAAACGUGUCCUGCCCAUUUCUCUGUGCGGAUCCCAGUGUCGACCAUUUAACCCGUACUGGGUCUGAAUCGGGGAAAAAAGUACUAAAUAUUAAUCUGUGAAAUAUGGUUAAUAGACGGGUACCGUCUGUUCACUCUAAAACCUAUGUAACUCCACGGCGACCUUAUGAGAAAGCUCGCCUUGAACAAGAGUUAAGAAUUAUAGGGGAUUAUGGACUGAGGAACAAGCGUGAGGUGUGGAGAGUGAAAUACACUUUGGCGAAAAUCCGAAAAGCUGCUCGAGAACUUCUCACUCUUGAUGAGAAAGAUCCUAAGAGGCUUUUUGAAGGCAAUGCUUUGUUGAGGAGGUUGGUUCGUAUUGGCGUCUUGGAUGAAAGCAGGAUGAAGCUCGAUUAUGUUCUUGGUCUCAAGAUUGAAGAUUUCUUGGAGCGUCGGCUUCAAACUCAGGUUUUUAAACUUGGUUUGGCCAAAUCAAUACAUCAUGCCAGAGUCCUUAUCAGACAGAGACAUAUUAGGGUGCGUAAACAAGUGGUAAAUAUACCUAGCUUUAUUGUCCGCUUGGACUCACAGAAGCAUAUUGACUUCUCUCUGAAGUCUUCAUUUGGCGGUGGUCGCCCAGGACGUGUUAAGAGGAAGAAUGCUCGCAAAGGAACCACAGCAGCAGCAGCCGAUGAAGAUGAAGAUUAAAUCUUGUUUUAUUUCCAAUAAAUAAAUCAGAUUAAAUUGUUCUAGUUUUUCAUUGCUCAUAA